AUGCCUUUCAAGGACAAGGUCUACACGGUGACAGGCGCGGCCUCGGGGAUUGGUAGAUCGACGGCGGUGAGGCUGGCCGAGCUGGGCGCAUCUGGCCUGGCGAUCAGUGAUGUGAAUGAAGCAGGGCUGGAGGAAACCAAGCAGUUAUGUCUCAAACACGGCGCUGUGGUGAGGACAACCAAAGUGAAUGUGGCCAUUCCCAGUGAGAUCAGCGCUUGGAUUCAAGACGCCUACGAUCAUUUUGGCCGACUGGACGGAGCGGCCAAUGUUGCCGGCGUCGCAGGUGGCGAUGGGACGACUACAGUGGCUACUGUGGAUGAACGAGACUGGAAACGAACCAUGGCAAUCAACCUGGACGGUGUCAUGUAUUGCAUGCGAGCGCAGCUUCCCAAGAUCACCAAGCCAGGCGGCGCCAUUGUCAACGUCUCCAGCACAUCUGGCCUGCGAGGCCUCCCGCACAGUGCAGCGUAUGCCACCAGCAAAUUCGGCGUCAUCGGCCUGACAGAGUCUGCGGCGGGCGAGUUUGGUAAAGAGGGGGUGCGCAUCAAUGCAAUUCUGCCAGGUCCGGUCGAUACAGCCAUCUUUCGGGACGGAGAGGCCAAGGGUCUGUUUGACUCCAAGGUCAUGGGAGGCAGUACCUUGCUCGGCCGCAUGGGCCAUCCCGACGAGGUCGCCCAUGUUCUCUGCUUCAUGCUGAGCGACGAGGCGUCCUUCGUGACCGGAGCUCACUGGACCGUCGACGGCGGUUACGCCGCAUGCUAA